CAUCUGGCUGCCAACACGGCAGGGGUGGGGCUGUGGGGGAGAAUGAGGGUUUUUAAAGGCUCCCCAGGAGCCUCUACAGCUCCAAGAUCACUGCCUGCAGCUCCUGGACUCCUGUUACCAUGAGGUUCCUGAUCCUGUUCCUAGCCCUGUCCCUAGGAGGGAUUGAUGCUGCACCUCCUGUCCAGUCUCGAAUUGUUGGAGGAUUUAACUGUGAGAAGAAUUCCCAGCCCUGGCAAGUGGCUGUGUACCGCUUCACCAAAUAUCAAUGUGGGGGUAUCCUGCUGAACGCCAACUGGGUUCUCACAGCUGCCCACUGCCAUAAUGACAAGUACCAGGUGUGGCUGGGCAAAAACAACUUUUUGGAGGAUGAACCCUCUGCCCAACACCGGCUUGUCAGCAAAGCCAUCCCUCACCCUGACUUCAACAUGAGCCUCCUGAAUGAGCACACCCCACAACCUGAGGAUGACUACAGCAAUGACCUGAUGCUGCUCCGCCUCAAAAAGCCUGCUGACAUCACAGAUGUUGUGAAGCCCAUCGACCUGCCCACUGAGGAGCCCAAGCUGGGGAGCACAUGCCUAGCCUCAGGCUGGGGCAGCAUUACACCCGUCAAAUAUGAAUACCCAGAUGAGCUCCAGUGUGUGAACCUCAAGCUCCUGCCUAAUGAGGACUGUGCCAAAGCCCACAUAGAGAAGGUGACAGAUGACAUGUUGUGUGCAGGAGAUAUGGAUGGAGGCAAAGACACUUGUGCGGGUGACUCAGGAGGCCCACUGAUCUGUGAUGGUGUUCUCCAAGGUAUCACAUCAUGGGGCCCUAGCCCUUGCGGUAAACCCAAUGUGCCGGGUAUCUACACCAGAGUUUUAAAUUUCAACACCUGGAUAAGAGAAACUAUGGCUGAAAAUGACUGAGUAUCACAUUGUCCCAUGUUCUCAAUAAAGCCCACCAUGCAGCAAAUGAGUUC